AUGGCAUUACUGAGCAAUUUGUCAUCGCGAACCCCGCCCACCCCUUCUCAUAACAUCCGAAUUAAUCACAUCGUGGUUGGCCAAUCCGAAGACUUGACAAUUGACAACAUUACCGAAAAUGUCAAUGCUGUCAAUUCGACGUGUGAUGACGCGCGCUUCCGCUUCCUGUUGGAAAGGCUGGUUACGCACUUGCACGACUUUGCUCGCGAGACACGUCUCAGCACGAAUGAAUGGCAAGCAGCUAUCCAAUUCCUGACACAAGUCGGGCAGAUAUGCACCGAUGUGCGCCAGGAAUUCAUCCUCCUCUCAGACGUGCUCGGCCUGUCUCUCUUGGUCGACUCCAUCGACCAUCCAAAACCCCCAGCUUCGACCGAGGGAACCGUUCUAGGCCCUUUCCACACCCAUGAAGCGCCAAAGAUUGAGAAUGGAACACUGAUUUCUCAAGACCCUGACGGUGAGCCGAUGCUGGUCGUCUGUUCAGUCAAAGACACACAGGGGAGGCCAAUCCCUGGUGUAUUGGUUGAUGUCUGGGAGACGGAUUCAAAAGGGUUCUAUGAUGUCCAGCAUGCAGACCGGACAGGGCCAGACGGUCGCGCUAUAGUACAGAGCGAUGAAGCCGGCCUGUUUUACUUCUCCGCAAUCACGCCAGUCCCCUAUCCAAUUCCCGAUGAUGGACCUGUUGGACGCCUCUUGGCCAAGCUGAACCGCCAUCAGUACCGCCCAAGUCACUUCCACUUUAUCGCCUUAUACAUCCGGGACUCCCCGUACGAGAGAUCGGACGCCGUAUUUGGAGUCAAAGAAUCUCUUCUUGUACGUCUUAAGUCCGUCUCCGACGUCGAAGGUUACGCAGAAAAGUAUGGUGUUCCACCUUCAACCAGACUUAUGCAGUAUGACUUUGUUUUGGUGACGGAGGAUGAAUCCAACCAGAUCCGCACAGAAAAGGCUCUCGAGGCCAUCCAAAAGCAAGGGGUUACGGGCAUGAAGGUUAUCGAUGGUCUUCCGGUGCCGGAUGUUGAUUAG